AUGAGUAGUUGUGUCGCUGCUCACUCCUUCACUCUCUACCCCCCUACUCUUGAACCCCCCCCCUCCCGAAAAUCUGCUGCAGGUCGCGAGAAGAGAAAGGGUCCCAUGAUCUCUGCCGGUGAUGCCGAGUUCCCGCGGGAUUACCACACCCUGGCCGCCGGCGGAGGCCGCGGGGCCCGGCGUUUCCCCGACAACACCAAUGGGGGGUUCACGUCGUCCUCGCUGGACCGCCGGCACAACUCCAUAGCCGCCAAGAGCCUGGAGGCCCUGAACAGCAUCCACAAGGCGGACAUCGAGCGGCAGCGGGACGCCCUCAUGGAUCUCCAGAAGAACAAGUUCUCCAACAGUCCGGGCAGCCUGUCGCAGGGCUCCGCCCCCGCAGGACGACAGCAACAACCAAACUACUGGAGCUUCAAGUCUCGCACCCCACGUGUGACGCGCCUCAGCCCGACACAGCCGGCUCUUGCUGAACAGGCCAGCAGGGUUUCCUUUGCGUCAGCUGAAAAUCUGGAGACCAUGUCGGAGCCUGAUAUGCCCAUCGGUUUUAACCGGAUGAACCGGCUCCGGCAGAGCCUGCCACUGGCACGCUCGUCCAGCCAAGCAAAGCUGCGAGCGCCAGGGAUCUUGUUCCUCCAGCUUGGGGAGGAGACCCGCAGGGUGCACCUGACUCACGAGCUGACCAGCCUGGAGACUCUGAGGGCCCUCAUCGUGCACAUGUUCCCCCAGAGGCUCACCAUGGCCAUGCUCAGGUCUCCCAACACAGCUCUGCUGAUCAAAGAUGAGACCCGUAAUGUGUUCUAUGAGCUGGAGGACCCGCGGGACGUUCAGGACCGCUGCGUAAUUAAGAUUUACUGCAAAGAGCCCAUCUACGGCACCUACCCCGGACACCAACACCCACACCUGGCGAACGGAGACCUGCGGAGGGAGAUGGUCUACGCCCCUCAGGACUCUCCACCCAACCGCCGCCUGAGCAACCCCCCCAUGUCUUCCCAGCAUUCCUCUUCCUCCGCCUCCCCUCAAGGCUCCCCGUCCCGCGCCCGCCUGCUCUACAGCGGCGGCCGGCCUUCUUCCUACGCCGGGCCAGCCCACCACACCCACUCCCUUCCCCACCCGCACCAGCACCCGCACUCCCAGUCCCACCACUCCUCCCCCCACCAGCAACAGCAGCUCCACCAGCCGCAUCACACCCAGCAGGCCUUCAUCGCCUCCUCCAGCGCCAUCCUAGAGCGCAGGGACGUGAAGCCCGACGAUGAAGUGGGGGGGUCCAGGAGCAUGGUGCUGCUGCGGGGAGACGACCGAGGGGGAGGGGGGAUUUACGCUGACCCCUACUCUCUGGGCCCGGACACAGGGAGGCUGAGUCUUGCAGGGCCUCACUCCCCUCUGCCGGCCAGAGCCGACCCAUACGGCUCAUUGUAUCGGCGUGGAGGAGGAGGAGGGGGGGGAGGUGGGGGCGCAGGAUCAAUGCGUUCACUCACCUCCUACACAGCAGCCGCUCUACAGGGAGAGCUGAUGGAAAGUGGGGCUCUCUAUAGACCUGGGGGACCGCUCUACAACGACGCCUACGCCGCGUCCAUGUUGGCCAUGGGGCUGCGGGUGCCUCCGCCUUCCUCCCCACAGAAGAUCCCUGACAUGAGGGAGUCCUAUGGGGGCAGCAUGCCCGGCCGGGGCUCCCCGGGCAGGCAGAGUUUGAGAAGGGACUCUGUGACCUCGUCCGUGUUCGGGGACAGUCCCAAAGCACGGGGCCAGGGCCCUGGGCUCGGGCUCACCUCAGAGCAGCUGUGUCUGAUGGCCGGGCCUAUGGGGGAGGGAGGGGGCGCCGGGGGAUUCGGCUCACCUCUGCUGGUGAACGAACCAGAGACCAGGGAGCGUAUGGAGGCCAUGGAGAAGCAGAUAGCCAGCCUGACUGGGCUGCUGCAGAGAGUACUGAGCAGAGCGCCUGAGGCAGAGAGCCCGGAGAAGAUUGAGUCAGCCAGUGACUGCUCAGGAACCGACACUGGACGAAGUAAAAAAAAGAAAGCUUUGACACCGUCUGCUCCCUUGGCUCUGAUGCCUCCUCCACCCUCGGGGGGCAACCAGCCCGUGACAGUGUCCCGUCUGCAGAUGCAGCUCCACCUACAAGGCCUGCAGCAGAACACCAACGCACUGCGCAAACAACUGUCCCAGCUACGCAACAUGCAGCUGGAGAACCAGGACUCAGUGCUGGCCCUGCUGAGGCAGACAGAGUCCGAGCUCAGCCUCAUGAUGCUGGACGCCAUGCGCACACAGGAGGACCCGCUCCAGAGACAGCGCCUCCUGGUGGAGGAGGAGCGACUCAAGUACCUCAACCAGGAGGAGCUGCUCAUCCAGCAGCUGCAUGACCUGGAGAAGUCGGUGGAGGAGCUGCAGAGGAACUCUUCGGUGAAUCACGGCCUGGUGACGGAGCAGGAUGUGGAGCAGAAGAGCAAAGAGCUGAGGAUGCUGGGAGAAACGCUCACUGAACUCAAAAACCAGUUCCCCAGCCUGCAGAGUAAGAUGCGGGUGGUGCUCAGGGUGGAGGUGGAGGCUGUGAAGUUCCUGAAAGAGGAGCCCCACCGUCUGGAUGCCCUGCUGAAGCGCUGCAACACCAUGACUGAUGCGCUCAGCACGCUCCGCAGACAAGUGACGGAGGGCGUGUGGAAGGGCCCCGAAGACCUCCCCAGCCAAUCACAGAAGAGAUCUGAGGACGUGAGUCGCAGCUCUGACCUGGACAUCCUGAACAGUCCUACUCUCAGCCUCACGGACCUGAGCUCCAGCUCUGUCCUUGCCAACUGGAUGCCCGUAUCCGCGGGCGACGCAGACCCCUCGGGCCCCGAGCAGGACCUCCAGCAUACAAUGAGCUACAGGAACCGGGUCCUCGAUGAGCUUCCCAGUCGGCGUGCUGGAGAUAAGUCUGUGUCGGCUGAAGUCAGACUGGCGGCAGAGCGGGACUGGGAGGAGAAGCGUGCCAGCCUGACCCAGUUCAGUGCGCAGGACAUCAACCGGCUGCUGGAGGAGACGCAGGCCGAGCUGAUGAAGGCCAUCCCGGACCUGGACUUUGCUGCCAGGCACAUAAACAAGCCUGUAGUGCCCCCCAAGCCCCAAAUCACUGUCCCAAUCACCUCCACCUCAGCCACUUCUCCUGCAGCUGGCACCACCGGGACCACCGCCUCGACCACCACGCCCAGCGGGGACCAGCAGCCCAACAAAGUGCAGCUGGCUGCCCAGAAGCUGAACAAUAUGGAGGGGGGAGGUUCACACCGAGGGUCCGUGGAUCUCAGCGUGGCCAGGUAUCGCACAGAGAAACCCUCCAAGUCCCCGCCUCCACCCCCACCUCGCCGAAGCUUCCCCUCUGCACACGGCCUCACCACCAACCGCACCGGAGACGUCAUCGUCACCUCCAAGAGUAUGAAGAUGGAAGAAGAUGGUGAUAUGCCUAAAACUCUGGUGAAGCUGAGGCGGACCCCCUGUGACACCCCCCGCCCCGCCUCCACCCCGCCUGUGAUCGCAGCAUCCGGCAUUCAGGACGAGGACGACGAAGAGAAGAUUAUAGCCGAGCUCGAGAACAGCACUAACUCUCCCGGACCGACGAAGGGCCCCACCGUGGCAGCCCGGCUUAAACACCUCCAACAAGGCAGCCUGGAGCGGCCCAAAGCACGCAAGCAGAAAGAGGAUUUUCCCAAAGUCCAGGGCCAGCAGCAGGUUUCUCAGGUCUCAGCUGGACUAAUAACGCGAGGAGCGAGCGCUCGGAUCAUUCUGGGUUUGGACUCGAUCCUAGGUCAGAACUUGAAAGUGUGAGAUCUUGUCGUUUGAGCAAUUUAUCCGACUUAAUAAGCUAGAGGUCCUCAAUCAAGGAUGAUAACACUCCAAUAAUUAGUUCAAAUGAUCAGAUUUCUCCCCCAUAAUGCAGUUCUGCUUCACACUUCAUAAAGAUUUUAACAUUUGGAGGUAAUUGCUUCAGCUCUAUAAAGCAGUUUGGAUUUUACUCCUAACAUCCAGCAUAUCUAGCAAACCCAUAUCUGUGUCUCAAUAUUCAUACUAAUACGCUAUACUACUAUACACACUAAUACUGAGCAGUCUGUAGUUUAUACAGGAAAAGUGACCAAGUUGAUAAAAGUUAAAGGCGUCGGUAUGACUUCUUUUUUUUGCAGCAGUCAGUAUGCAAAAAUGUAAGUUUCUGCAUACCAAGAAUCUUCUUCCAUAUGGUUUAAAGGCUUGCAAAAGACAAAUAAAAUGAGAAUUCGGUGAAUAUUGAAGCGACAGAUGUUGAAAUAUCCUGCAUUGAAGUCCCUAUUUUGGGUCAAACUUCUUGGAUCAUACAUUUCCCAUAAAGCAACUUGAUAGCAUAUUUUUAAUCAAGCGACCAGAAUGCUUCCAGAGCUUUUCUGUGAGUGGAAUGGCCUUGGAAACAAACUUCCUCACACUCGAAAACUUUCCAUAACCUACAAUCACACCUACUGUGAAGAACUGAGAAGGGCUUUUCUCUUCCCUCCAUUUUUUUUUAUUGUAUCACCAUAUAUAUAUAUAUAUAUAUGUCUUCCAGGAGAGACUGUUGAAAAUGUUAACCACAAAUACAAACCAUAUUGUGUUAGGAUCAGAUAUAAACUGUUUCAAUUUCCAACAUGGUCCGACUACACUCGGUAUGAACUACUUCUGGAUGAGCAUAAUCCCAAAAUAGCACAACAUUGGUAAUAGGGGGUGUAGCACGGGUGACAGAAGAGGCCCUUACAUUUAGAAGCAGGUCAGAAUAACAAAUGAUUAUUCUUUCUUCUGUUUAUCUUGCGAUUUGUUGUUGGGGUUUUCUGUUAAAACAUAGAGUUCAUUGAUGGAUAAUAUGCUAUAAAGUAACCUACCAGAAAUGUGCACCUUCACUUAUUCAAUUGAAUCAUACGUAAACUAAAAUACAUGUGUAUUUGUUGUUGUUACAUAUAAACAAAAAAAAAUGAUGAUUAUGGUGAGACGGGUAGUAAAGAUACAAGCAAAUCAGUCAGACCCUAAUGUGCUUACAUUAACACAAUAGAAACACAUUAACUAUUACAUUAGUUAGUUGGUAUGAAAUGGACCAAUAUUUUCAGUUUCCCUUCAACAUUUAGGUUUUUUCAGAAUGCUUUUUACCACAUAUUAGAUGUUGCAUAGUGUGAUUGAACCUGGGUUGAGAUUAAAGGUUUUUGGGUGAACUGUUUGAACUGCGUCUAUAAUAACAAGAUACAUAAUCCUGCACACCGGCUCUGUGCUGUGCUGACAUUGCUGUAGGGAAAUAUUAAUCUCGCACUGUGAGUGCGUAUUUAUACCACUGGCAGAAAUAAAAUUACAAACGGAUGUUUAACCGUGUAGUAAAUACAUUUAUGGAAUGUAUUAGUAGUCUCAGAUAUAGCAUUAAAAGCUAGCACAGAUAAAGAAAAAAACAGCAGUUGAAGCAUAUCCUGAACCACUGCACAGAUAUAUUGUAUGUAUAUUAUAAGACCAUUUAGUUUUUUGUUUUGGAAGAAAUUGCUUUAUUAUCAUGUAAAAAAAAGAAAAGGUAUCAUCUAUGUUUUAUAUAAUCAAGCUUUUUUUGUAUUUUUAUACUUGAAGAAGAGGAGUCAUGAGCAUGUAACACAAUUUUUAUCUGUACAUUUUUAUUUUUCUGUGUUAAAGAUUUUUAUUUUUUUUUCCUGCUAACCGUAAAAACAAACCAUGAUGAAACUUUGUUGUAGAAGACCAGAGUGGGAGGUUCUCCAGGUGAAAAGUGUAUAAUAGUACCACCACAUUUACAAAAAGCACAUUUACUUCCUCGAAAAACAACCCCCUCACUGAUAGGACGCCCCAUUUUGUAGCUGUUUUCCUCUAUAAUAACCAAUAGUGUACGUACACUGCACAGAUUAAACUCUAUUGAUGGUUUCUUGAUGAAUGUGUGAUUGUUCGAACAUUUGUGGAUGUUAAAAAAUGUAUAUAAACCCAAAUGAUAUAUUACAGAAAUUGAUUUUAUGUGGACAUUUUUUUUAAACGGGAAAAAAAAUCCAAAAUGGCAUGCAUACUGUAUACAUUCCUGAAAAUCUGCACGCUGGGUCAACAGAGGUCAAAUUUUCUUGUCAAUAAUUCUGUGUAUACUUGUGAGUGUAUGAUAGAGUAAACAAAAAUUGUACAGUAACAUAGAUUUUUGUAUUAUGUUCCAAAUGGGUCGAUAAAGCCCCUUUUACUGUCAGAAUAAAGAAGAAAAAAAAAAGAUAAGUAUUAUAGAGAAAGAAAUAUGGAUGAUAUUGUAUAUCAAAUACAUAUUGUUCCUCCAGUCUGAGAGUGAUGCUUGCUGUGUGAGGUAAGUGUUGUUUGUGAAUUGUGAAGAAGAAUGAUAAUCUACUACCAAGUCAGUAUAACUAAAGACCAACUAAACCGUGCAAAACACCGCGCAACUUUGUGUAUGGAUAGUAAAGUUGCUGCUUUGUGUGAGAAAAAUCUACCAAACAAAAAAGGUUGCUGCUUUUGUACGUUCCUGUUGUGUUUUUGUGACAAUAAAGGUGACCCUCUUAUACA